AUGAAUGCUAGAGAACAUAGACAAAAGCGAAAACAAUGGAAAGAAAAUAGUAAAGUAUAUAGGAAUAAAAAAGCUAUAGCACACCGAAAUUUACAAAGAAUACUUGAUGAUACACCCCCACUAAGUCCAAUAUCAGUUGUGCAGCAAAUUAGAGAAGAUGUAGCUGCUCGAAAUAGACGACAGAUGCGAAAGCGACGAGCUAUUUUGUAUGCAAAGAUUGUAACUUUGGAAAAAAGAAUGAAGAAUGCGGUGAAGUUAAGCAAAAAAUACAAGAAGAGGUAUUUGAGAGUGAAAACACAAAAAACUGAUCCAGAAGCGCCUGCAACUAAAGUAAAUGCGCUCCUAAAGAAUGUAAUGUAUGAACCCGGGCACGUGCAGAAGACUUUCAUGCAUAGAUUGCGAAGAAGAUUGUACCCACUAUCAUUUGGAUAUUUUCAACAACACCAAAGUAAUCGAUUUACUAAGAGGCGUAACAAAUCUCCGCAAAAGUCAAUGAAAUUGGAUAUAGUGAACGAUAAUCACCAACUGUCUUUAGCGUCGUGUUCACGCAUUCAAGGUCAUACUGGAUUGUUUAAGGAAAAUGAUACAAUUGAUUUAGAAAAUGUGGGAUCUACUGUUGGCUCAGAUAGUGAUAAGAUUGCUACCAUUGGAGAUUAUGUCCUGAUGAAAUGGGGUACGGCAAAGUAUCCCGGGGAAGUUUUAUCUGUUUUUGAAGAUGGUUUAAUGGUUAGGUGCAUGAAGCAAGGUUUGAAGUUUUGGAGAUGGCCUAAUAUUAAAGAUGAGCAAUUAUAUAGCUGGGAAGAUGUGAUUCAGAAAAUAAAGACACCAAAAUUAGUUAAGAGGGGGAAUUACAUUAUUACAGAGUUAGAAAACUCUACAAGUGAUGUGAAGACUGAAUAA